GUUAUUUUAGUAUCUGGCUAAGAAACACAAAUAAAUGGAUGACGUUGAGUUGAUUAAAUUAAUAGAAAAGUAUCCAAUACUUUAUGAUAAGGACAGUGCGCGUAGUGCCAAGAAUGCAGCCAACAAGGACGCAGCGUGGAAAACCAUUUCCUUAAAACUGGGAGCCAGCGAGCGAGCCUGCAUUACCCGUUGGAAAAGUAUUCGAGAUCGCUUCGGCAAGGAGUUUCGUCGGUUCCAGGAGAAUCCCGACAGUCCCACCUAUUGGGAUAUGUUUCCACGUCUGCUCUUCCUGAAAGAUCACUACAAACAUGGUUUGGUUAAGCAUGAAAAUUUGGAUGCAAUGAAAUUCGAGCCGCGGCAUCGAAAGCCGCGACGAACGCGAUUGGAUGAUCAGGAGAAGAAGCAGCGGGAGGAGGAUUACGUGGAAAAUGCAGAGGAUAUUGAGCUAUGCCAGCAGCUUAUUGAGCUGGUCAAACUUCAUCCCGUGCUCUAUGAUAGACAUAAAAUAAGAAUCUCCAAGAAUUUAUCAGCGAAAAAUGAUGCCUGGAGAGCAAUUUCUGAGAGCCUAAGCGUUUCGGAGGAACUGUGCUAUAAUCGUUGGAAAAAGCUGCGCGAUCGCUUUGCACGCGAAUAUCGCAAUCAUCAGAUCAAUCAAUCGGCACCGAUUACCUGGAGAUACUUUAAUGAUUUGCUCUUUCUGGGUCGGCACUUUCGCAAGGGUGUGCCGCUGAUCAUCGAGAAUAUCAAGAAACGGGGCAGACCACCAAAAGUCGCUCAAGGACAAGAACAAACGAAGAGGGUGACGAAUCUCAUUUGGGGCGCAGACUAUCCUUAUAGCACAGACAAUGACCAGGAUGAGGAGGAACUAGAGGAGGAUGAGGAGCUACAGUAUGAGCAUCAACAGGAUUUCGAGGUGCUGAACGAGACGGACCAUAAAGCGCAUAUGGAAUUUGUACUCGACGAGCAUGAUUUGUUGAAGCAAACAGAACUAGAACCGGAGCAGCAGCAGUUACAUCAGCAGCAGCUAGUAGGAGAGCAGCAGGAGACAACUGUAGAGACAAGUUUAACAGAUGCAUCAGUCUCUGAUCCCUCAGCCUCCUGCAGAGAGGAGGAUCCAGCCUUACCCACAGCUGAAAAGCUAAUGGGGACAGUUAUCUCAAAUAUGGAGACCGUGCUACAACAGUCGAAGGAUUGCCUCCAAGCUCUGCAACAGGCAGUUAAUAAUACGCCCGCCCAGACAUCAAAGAGCCUGCUAAGCAAGGUCCAAAUGCUGCUGGAUGGGCUGAAUGUGGAGCAACGAAGGCAGGCGGAACGCAAAAUUGUGCAUUUUCUGUGUGAAUGUCAGAUAAAAACGCUUGAUGGCCAAGAGAUUGAGGAUGUAGCUCCCUGUCACAUAUUCAAUUGAUAAAUUAUUGCAUUUAAGAAUUGUAAAUUAAAU